AUGAAGCUCUCCGCGGAGUCUGAGCUGCAACUAAGACAAGGGUACAGUAUCGAUACCCUACCCAAGACGUUCCAAGAUGCCAUAGCAGUCUGCCGAUAUCUGGACGUCAAAUAUCUGUGGAUUGACAGCUUAUGCAUUGUGCAAGACCAAGAGGACAAAUCGGAUUGGCUUCGCGAAUCGGUUCUCAUGGAUAAAGUGUACGCCCACUCGCUCUGCACGCUGGCUGCUACUGCCUCGACGGAUGGGAAUGGAGGGCUUUUCAAGAGUCGCAAGCCCGCUCAAACGAUUGAAGUCACUUCCCACGAGUAUGGAGAGCUUGCCUCAGGAACGUAUGCCGUCUUGAAUCCCAAGGCUGACGGACCGUCUUUCGACUAUACCGCUAAGAUCAAGGACGGACCCUUGAACAAGCGCGCUUGGGUCUAUCAGGAGCGAAUGUUGUCAACCAGGGUGGUACAUUUUACAGAAGACGAAGUCAUAUGGGAAUGCGGAGAUGGCCUCGCGAGUGAACUGCUUCCAGAUGGCAUUCCCCAAGAUCUGAAUCGGGAUCAGAUAGGCUGGAAGAAUGAAGCAAUGCCAAAGAAGUUGCUGGCGCUCGCCCGCAGUGGCGAUCCGAACAUCGACAUGAAGGGCGCUUGGGACAUUGUCCAUAAGGCUUUCGCCAACACCAGGCUGACCGUCGUCACCGACCGCGUCGUUGCACUCGCUGGUCUGGCGAAGCUCUUCCAGAGCUGCCUGCAAGACACUUAUUGGGUGGGGAUGUGGAAAAAGACAAUCCACCAUGAUCUCGUCUGGGAAGUUCCAAUCAGAAAGUGGCGGCGAGUUUGGUUGGAGAAUGACGAGUCGAAGUUAUCUCAGUAUCGAGCGCCCAGCUGGUCGUGGCUGUCUGUUGAAGGCACAACGUACUUGAGCCAGUCGCUGCAAGAUCAAGGGGGAGCUGUGGCGUUCGAAUACUUAUACCAGGUCGUCGAUGUCCAGAUUAAGCACCCCACGGACGACGUUACUGGGCCGGUUCAGCACGGAGCACUCUACCUCAGAGGAAAUAUCAUCCCCGUAGUUCUUGAAGGCCUUGCCACACACAUUGACGAUUGCCACCCUUACUGGAAUUUCAAAAUGGCUGGUCUGGAAGAUCAUUACAGCCCGACCUUGUCUUUGCCCGAUUACGGGAAGAGUAGUGUACCGACGCGGAGCACAGCCGACGAACACUACUGCAUGCCUCUGGUGAUCCGACACAACCGUGUGGCCAUUUGCAUGCUGCUGGAAGCAAUUGAAGACUCGCCGAACACGUUCAGGCGCAUUGGACUUGGCGAGAUAUCCGCUAAGAGGUCGGAAGCGGAUGGGAUGUCGAGGUUUGUCGAGCGAUUGAAGGAAAUGCAGACACAGUGGCAAGUUCCGGCCGUUGCAUUUGACGAGGUCAGUGGUCAUCGUACAAUCCGCGUGGUGUAA